CGACUGUGUAUGGCCCGCAGCUUUUUCAGAUUGUUGAGAAAACGGAUGUUCCUGCUGUAGGAGGCCCAUGUCUGAAAACCCAGACGGACGGUCACAUUUCAACAGAAAGUCAGCUACACUCGAGUACGUCGGUCCAAACAGCAGCAGAGCAAGAUGGAGUGUGAGUGGAAGCCAGACGAGCAAGGACUUCAACAAAUUUUACAGCUGCUGAAAGAGUCUCAGUCGCCAGAUACGUCCACGCAGAGAUCCGUCCAGCAAAGACUUGAGCAGCUGAACCAGUAUCCAGACUUUAACAACUACUUAAUAUUUGUUUUGACAAAGUUAAAGUCAGAAGAUGAACCCACGCGGUCCCUGAGUGGGCUGAUACUGAAGAACAAUGUGAAAGCCCACUAUCAGAGCUUCCCUAAUGGUGUGUCUGAUUUCAUCAAGAGAGAGUGCCUCCAAAACAUUGGAGACUCCUCUCCCCUUAUCCGAGCCACUGUGGGUAUUCUCAUCACCACGAUUGCCUCCAAAGGAGAGCUACAAAACUGGCCAGAGCUUCUGCCUAAACUCUGCCUGCUGCUGGAUUCUGAAGACUACAACACAUGUGAGGGAGCGUUUGGAGCCCUGCAGAAGAUCUGCGAAGACUCUGCUGAGAUCCUGGACAGUGACAUGCUGGAUCGUCCCCUUAACAUCAUGAUCCCCAAGUUCUUACAGUUUUUCAAGCACAGCAGUCCUAAGAUUAGGUCUCAUGCCAUUGCCUGCGUCAAUCAGUUCAUCAUCAGUAGGACUCAGGCUCUUAUGCUGCACAUCGACCCUUUCAUUGAGAACCUGUUUGCACUGGCAACAGAUGAGGAACCAGAAGUGAGGAAGAACGUGUGCAGAGCUCUGGUCAUGCUUCUGGAAGUUCGCCUGGACCGUCUCCUGCCACACAUGCAUAACAUAAUAGAGUACAUGCUACAGAGAACUCAGGACCAAGACGAAAAUGUUGCCUUGGAGGCCUGUGAGUUCUGGCUUACUCUGGCGGAGCAGCCGGUGUGUAAGGAAGUGCUGUGUGGACACCUCUCUCAGCUCACUCCGGUGCUUGUCAACGGGAUGAAGUACUCUGAGAUUGACAUUAUCCUGCUCAAGGGUGACAUUGAGGAAGACGAGGCCAUUCCCGACAAUGAGCAAGACAUCAGACCACGCUUCCACCGAUCCCGCACAGUUGCCCAGCAGCAUGAGGGUGAUGGGAUCGAGGAAGAGGAAGAUGAAGAUGAUGAGCUGGAUGAUGAUGACACUAUCUCUGACUGGAACCUGCGUAAGUGUUCAGCUGCAGCGUUGGACGUGUUGGCCAACGUGUUCAGGGAUGAUCUGUUGCUGCACAUUCUGCCCCUUCUCAAAGAGCUGCUCUUCCACCCUGAGUGGGUAGUUAAAGAGUCUGGCAUCCUUGUGCUGGGGGCUAUAGCUGAAGGAUGUAUGCAGGGCAUGAUCCCAUAUCUGCCGGAGCUCAUUCCCCAUCUCAUCCAGUGUUUGUCUGACAAGAAGGCCCUAGUGCGUUCAAUCACCUGCUGGACACUGAGCCGCUAUGCCCACUGGGUUGUCAGCCAGCCCCCAGAUAUUUACCUGAAGCCCCUAAUGACAGAGCUGCUCAAACGUAUUCUGGAUAGCAACAAGCGUGUGCAGGAGGCAGCUUGCAGUGCCUUUGCCACUUUGGAGGAAGAGGCUUGUACAGAGCUGGUGCCCUACCUGGCUUUCAUCCUAGACACACUGGUGUUCGCCUUCAGCAAGUACCAGCACAAAAAUCUGCUCAUUCUUUACGACGCCAUAGGAACACUGGCAGACUCAGUGGGACACCAUCUGAAUAAACCGGAGUACAUCCAGAUGUUGAUGCCUCCACUAAUCCAGAAGUGGAACCAGCUGAAAGAUGAAGACAAAGAUUUGUUCCCUUUGUUAGAAUGUCUGUCAUCAGUAGCCACCGCCCUGCAGAGUGGCUUCCUGCCCUACUGUGAGCCUGUGUACCAACGCUGUGUCAACCUGGUCCAGAAAACCCUCGCUCAGGCCAUGCUUCACCAGUCACAGCCAGACCAGUAUGAGGCCCCUGACAAAGAUUUCAUGAUUGUGGCUUUGGAUCUUCUGAGUGGACUGGCAGAGGGUUUGGGAGGCACCAUUGAGCAGCUAGUUGCUCGUAGCAACAUCCUCACCCUCAUGUACCAGUGCAUGCAGGACAAGAUGCCUGAGGUGCGUCAGAGUUCGUUCGCUCUGCUGGGGGAUCUGACCAAGGCUUGUUUCCAGCAUGUCAAACCAUGCAUUGCCGAUUUUAUGCCCAUACUGGGUACUAAUUUAAACCCAGAGUUAAUAUCAGUGUGCAACAAUGCAACAUGGGCAAUUGGAGAGAUUUCUAUACAAAUGGGGCCUGAAAUGCAGCCGUACAUUGCCAUGGUGCUGCACCAGCUGGUGGAGAUCAUUAACAGGCCCAAUACCCCAAAGACUCUACUGGAGAACACAGCAAUAACAAUUGGUCGUCUUGGUUACGUUUGUCCUCAAGAGGUGGCACCCAUGCUACAGCAGUUUAUAAGACCCUGGUGCACCUCUCUGCGAAAUAUAAGAGACAAUGAGGAGAAAGACUCUGCGUUCAGAGGAAUUUGCACUAUGAUCAGUGUAAAUCCAGGAGGUGUAGUGCAGGAUUUUAUAUUCUUCUGUGACGCAGUGGCCUCCUGGGUAAAUCCAAAGGAUGAUCUCAGAGACAUGUUCUACAAGAUCCUUCACGGGUUUAAGAACCAGGUGGGAGAGGACAACUGGAGGAGGUUCUCAGAUCAGUUCCCCAUGCCACUGAAGGAACGGCUGGCAACCUUUUACGGGGUGUAGCCGUUUCCACAGCAGUGUGCCUCAUCACUGGGGUAAUUCGCUAUGGGAGACAAAAUAGGGAACCUCUUUUGCCCAGGGAACAUGUUACCCUUUACUGGGGGGAAGGGUCUGUCUGCUGAGGGGAGGGAAGGGGUGUGGACCCCUCCCCGACCUGGUGGACGGGGUGGGAGGGAGGUGGUAGCUGCAGUGCUCAGAGCCCCUAUGCACAGGCACGGGGGAAAGGGACUGGCAGAACAACCUUAUCAUGGGAGGAAAAUUCAUGUAAUCACAUCUCAAUCAGAAAUAAUGAAAUUUGUCACGUUUUUCUUUUCCAUUUGUUCCCCUAACGUUUUAUUUUCUGUCAACCAAACUGCUGAAAAGAAAUGUAAGCAAAAAUGCAGAAAACUUUGCAAAACUCUGUAAAGCAUUUGCUCUUUCAUUUUGGUUAGAUGAGGAGUUUUCACACGUGGAAAGGAUAAUGCAGAAAAUGGUCUUCAGAGCAAAUACACAUUUAUAAUUGUCAGCCAGGUAAAUGGCAUGUGGUAGUUUAAUGAAACAGAAUUUAAAGACUGUUGUCAGUAAAUCAGUCAAGUUGAAGAUUCAUUAAGAGAUAUUUUCUCUAAAUACAAGGAUAGCUUAAAGCUAAGGAAUAGAAGCUUGUGAAAAGAAUGAAUCCUAAUGGAUCCAUCUCUGGAGAAGAGGAUUUUAUAAUGCUGCAUAUCACCAAGAAUAAGUCAUCACCUAUAUAGUUAUGAGAUAAUUUCAGUGUUCCUAUUCUUUAGCAGGGCAAAGGCUGUUAAUUAUGUCACUGGAGAGCACAAGAUUUUCUUUUAAGAGCAGCUUUUCUGGGAAUAGGUAGCAUGCUUGUAUCAUUGUGAAAAGCUGUACAAUAUUAGUGAUGUGUGUUGCGUUUGACAGCUGUGUUCGCCCUGUAAUAAGGUUCUUGUUUGACCUUGUAAUUUAUCUAUUUACAGUACUUUUGUUUCCUCUACCAGAGAAUUACGGCAGUCAGCCGUAAUGUAGCAUGAUGUGGGUUUACACACCAAAUUUAGGAAAUGUGUGAAAUCUGGGCUGUGAUGUAACGUAGGUGUGAACCUCUCAGUUUGGUCUUGUGGUGUGAAUGUGACAUGGACAUUCAUCAGCAAGCAUAUAAAAGCUUUAGAUGCUUACAAUCCUUUAUAUUGUCUGAGCCUCAUGAAAGAACAAUGAAGGAGAAUCACACAGGUUAGCAUCCUGUGAGUCUGUCAUUAUCUUUAUUUCUUGGACUUAAACCACAAUGACAAAUCCUGUCUUAGUGACUUUGGUGACUUUGGCUGUCAGAACCACGCAGUCCAUCAAAUCAAUGUUGAAUAUGUUUAUUUCUCAAUGUACUGAAGUUUUCUUAUUGGUUGUUUGGCUUCUUGUGCUAAAAGCAUGAUGUUGAGGAUGACUGUGUAAUGUUUUGGGUGGUUGUGUUUUGUGAGGUAAUUGGAUGCUUGCAUCUCUUGCAUGUUGGUGGCCCCUCACACCCCAACAUAUAGUGGGAAGGGGAUUACGGGAGGGAGGGGAGCUUCAAUUAAAGGUUUAAAAAGUACAUAGUAACCAAAUAGGUAUUGCAACACUGGGUCAGUUAUAAGUUCACAUAAAUCUUGCUGGAGUGCCCUCCCUAAACUUUUCCCCCAUAGCUGGAUGUAUAGUUUUUAAAUACUGUGAAACUACAACGUUAUUGUCUCUGGUUGUUUUUGAGCUGUUAUAUUUUAUAAAGUGUGUAAGUGUUUAAGUUACAGAUAGGCUGAAUGUAUUCCAUGAUGGGUUGGAGAGAUUUUUUUUUAUUGUUUUUUUUUUUUUUUUUAUGCCCAGCCAGUCGUUUUUCCUCUGCUGGCCAGAGUAAUAACUGCAGUAUUUUAACCUUUUUCAAUGCACGUGACAUGCACUUAAAAUUUAAAUUGCAAGUGCAUGAAAUUAAUGAUGUAGCCAAACCUUUCAGAAUAUGGCCCUGGUGUUAGCACACAUUAUUAAUAGAGUAUUGCUGCUAAAAAUUUAUUUAUCUAAUGCAAUAAGUAUCUUGAUGCAAUUGGGUUAUUAGAGUGUAAAAUAGUUUAGUGUCUCAGAUAAACUUUCACAACAUGAAAUAUAUAACUGGUCUCUUAGAGUUAAUAUUAAUAAGGUAAACAGUGGUAAAUACAGGAUAUAAUGCAUCAUGGAAUACAGAGGCAAAUAUGUAUAUGUGCCACAUCAUUUUGUGUUUUAAAGUGAUUUUGUCUGUCACAUUCCAACUGUUUGGCAUGCAAAAAAAUGAAGUAAUCAUGGCUUGAUGGGGUGUGUGCACAUAGUCCUGUUAUUCUUUCUUUGAAAGAGUGUAGGUCUAUGAAAAACACAAAACAAUCUCCACCACUGCUGUGCUGUAUUUCUGACUUGACUGCUGCUAUACAUCGUAGUUGUGUUUCACUACUUGAAUAUGUGUUUUCUAUGUGUUAACCUCAGGUUGUCUGUGCUCAGUGUUCCUUGUUUUUAUCUUUUCCCCAAUGUGUACGCCUUUAUCCGUCUCCUCAACAACUAAAGAUUAGUAAAACAUUUGCCCUUUGUAUUAAAAAUGGGUAACCAUGGGUGUUAAUUGACAUUAGUGUUAUAUGUGUGCAACACAGCAAGCUGUCAAAUGUGAUUACAACUGCAAAGCGGGGAGGGGGGGGGGGGGGG